AUGAAUUGUUUUGCUUGGAAUGUGCGAGGCCUUGGGUUAUCAUUCAAGGCCAAGGAAGUGGGGAAGUUUUUGCUUACCCAUAAAGUUUCUCUUGUUGGUAUUUUUGAGACUCGGGUUAACAAGGAGCUUAUUGUGCAUUCUCAAAAGCUUAUUGCUCCCUCUUGGAAGUGGGUUGAUAAUUCUUUGCAUUGGCAUAAGGUUCGAAUUAAGGUGGAGUGGGAUGAGUCUAGGUUUUGUUUGUCUGUUGGUCCUUGGCUUGUUAUGGGGGACUUUAAUGCUGUGUAUGACCCUUCUCAUCGGGGUCAUGGUAGGAAAGUCUCUAAUUAUGAAAUGAAGUAUUGGGAUUGUAUUUCUGCCUCUGGUUGGCUUCACCCUAAUUCUAUUGGGCAUUGGUUUUCUUGGAAUAAUAAAGGUGUGGAUUCUGAUGGGCGGAUUUCUGUUAUUGGUGGUAGGCCGUUUUGGUACUUCAAUUAUAUGUCUGAUCAUCCUGAAUUUUUCUCUUUGGUUCAGCAAGCUUGGAGUUCUACUUGUAGGGGUAAUGGGCUUGAGUUGGUCUGGCAUAAAGCGAAGGCUGUGAAGAGGGUCUUGAAGUCCCUUCGUGUGGUUCAUUUUAAGAAUCUUCAGGAGAAGAUUAAUUUUUGGAGGUCUGAGUUGGAUCAUGUUCAACUUGCUCUUCAGCAUUCUCUCUUUUCUAUGGCUUUUCAUCGAUGGGAGAUUCAUGCUAGUGACAUGUUAAGGAAGUGGCUUCGUAUUGAGGAGGGUGGUUUGCUUCAGAAGGCUCGGAUUGCAUGGCUUCAUGAGGGGGACUCCAACUCUCAUUAUUUUCAUAGUGUUGUGAAAGAGAGAUGGAAGGCUACUGAUUCUCUUAAAGGUAUUGAUCUUCAGACUAUGCGUGCUGGCCCCCAGCAUACUAUGUCUCAGGCUCAGGAUCUUAUUAAGCCUGUUAGCAGAGCGAAUAUUGGUGAUGCUCUUAAGGAUAUUGAUGAGUUUAAGAGCCUUGGUCUUGAUGGCUUUAGCUCACAAUUCUUUAACGUAGCUUGGGAUAUUAUCAAGGAGGAUGUCUAUUUGGCUAUAUUUCAGUUCUUUAAUGAUGGUGCUAUGUAUAAUCCUAUUAAUAUCACGUCUAUCACUCUUGUUUCGAAGAUAUUUAAUUGCCUUAAAGCCGAAGGAAUUUUGGCCAAUUUCCUGUUGCUCUGCUUUAUUCCUGGUAGGCAAAUCUGUGACAACAUCUUGCUUGCUACUGAUCGUAUUCAUGGCUAUAAUUGGGCUAAUGCUAGUCCCCGUUGUAUGCUUAAAAAUGAUAUGGCGAAGGCAUAUGAUUCUGUUGAUUGGUCCUUCCUUAGGAGUGUUAUGCAGGAGAUGAAUUUCCUUACUCAGUUUAUUGAUUGGAGCGCAGAAGGGCUCCGCCAAGGGGACCCUAUGUCUCCUUUCCUUUUCACUCUUGCUAUGGAGUAUUUUAGUAGAUAUUUGAGGAGUAAGAAGGGUGAUAUUAUUAAGUUCCAUCCUAAGUGUAAGUGCUCAGAGGUCUUGGAACUUUUAUUUGAUGAUGAUCUUUUGGUUUUUCUUAAAGCUGAUAUGCCCUCUAUGCAUGCUUUGAAUCUCGUUUUGGAUAAUUUGACUUUGGUCUCUGGUCUUUCUAUUAAUAAAACCAAGAGCGCCCUUUAUGUUGCGGGUGUUAGUGAUGCUAUGACUCUUAGGCUUGUCCAAGCUAACCAGGUGUCCAAAGAGGUUCUUCCUUUUCGAUAUCUUGGGGUUCCUUUAUCUGCUAAGAGGCUUGGUAUUUAG